UGGAAGAUCGAUGACAAGCCGGUAAAAAUUGACAAAUGGGAUGGUUCAGCUGUGAAAAAUUCUUUGGACGAUUCUGCUAAAAAGGUUCUCCUGGAGAAGUACAAGUACGUCGAAAAUUUCCGUUUGAUCGACGGCCGCCUCAUCAUCUGCACAAUCUCUUGUCUCUUUGCAAUUGUAGCUUUGAUUUGGGAUUACCUGCACCCCUUUCCUGAAUCCAAACCUGUUCUUGCAUUUUGUGUUGUAUCAUAUCCUUUAUAGAUGUUGUCUCUUUUAUACAAAAAGAC